GUUAUGAGGCAUUAUGUUAGGUCAACAAAGAACACUUGUUCUUAGCUAUAUCCCACAGUGGUCAUUAUUAUAAAUUUAAACAAACACUGUAGUGCUACUCUGUUUCUUCUGAAGUGGGAGGAGAGAAGAGGAGGGGCAUCAUCAAGUUGUAUAACUUCUUCAUACGAGAGGAAAUGCAGAUGGCACCUCCCGGAGAGAUCUUUCUGUUGAUGGAAAAUCACAGUCAGGAUUUCUGAAGAUGGAAAAAGGAUACCCACCACAGGAAUCUGCGCCACCUUACCCUGGACCACCUAUGAACUAUGGCCCAGGACCUCAGCCAGAGAUGUACCCUCAGCCGGGCUACUUACCUGCAGCAGCUCCACCUGCUGGAUACCACGGAGGUGCUCCUUUUGCUCCAGUCCCGGUUGCACCUGUCACACAAGUAACUCACAUGGUUGUAACACCUGCACUGCAGGAUGUCCCAGGACAAACUGUGUGUCCUCACUGCCAACAGACUGUGAUCACCAAGACAGGGCACACAGCGGGCCUGAUGACGUGGGCCAUUUGUGCCGGCCUCACUCUAUUUGGGUGUUUUCUUUGCUGUUGUAUCCCAUUCUGCAUUGAUUCCUGUCAAGAUGUGGAGCAUCACUGUCCGUCCUGCCACAGAGUAAUUUACGUAUACAAACGAAUGUGAAACUAUCCUGACUGUGAAUUGGGGAGAGGAACGCAGUGCUUACUUUCUUGCUCUGCAACAUUGAUUCAAAACUAAUCAAAAAUAUAAACGUAUAUUGACAGCAGCUGCUACUCUUUCCUACUUACGUAAUAUGAAUUGCAAUGAUAUAUAUGAUGAGGCCUCAUAUUGUGGGAAGUUAUAUUUAGCAAACAGUGGAACAUUUAUUAGGAAGGAAUAUAAACCAAACAAUAUGCCAAUAAAAGUUGCUCUUAUUUGUCCAGUGGUGAAUCCA